CAAAUUUGAUUUAUAUAUUAUUUCCGCCCUAAUUUCAAAAUUAGGCGAAAGUUUCUUCUUUCUCACCACUUCUACUCACAACUUGCUCUCUGCAGUGUAAUCGGAAGUAAUAUAGCCACCUUGUUGUAGCAAAGUUUUACCGUUAGUUGGAAAACAAGAACUCUUUAGAUCCCACAGAAGAAUGUCUGGCAGAAAAGAAACUGUUUUAGAUUUGGCAAAAUUUGUCGACAAGGGUGUGCAGGUCAAGCUUACAGGUGGAAGACAAGUGGAAGGGACACUUAAAGGCUAUGAUCAGCUGCUAAAUCUUGUCUUGGAUGAAGCCAAGGAGUACCUUAGAGAUGCUGAUGAUCCCCUGAAGACUACCGAGCAGACACGAGCUCUUGGCUUAAUAGUCUGCAGGGGUACGGCAGUAAUGCUUGUCGCUCCAACUGAUGGUACAGAUGAGAUAUCCAAUCCUUUUGUCCAGCCAGAUGGGGCAUAGACGGAUUAUCAUUGUUAUUUCAGUUUAGCUAACUGUAAUGCUGUAAGCAGUCUGCAUCUUUGCCUUGUGUUUGCCCCACCUAGAGUUGGUUAAGGACAUCUAUAUACUUUCAGUGAAGAUGGAACAAAUGCCUGGAUUAGUCUGUCUCUAUGCUUGAAAUGUUGCACCAUUCGGAGCGUUAGUGUUCUAUUUCCAUUCGAGGCGACUUAGAAUGCUUCUUCUAGUUGAAUUGGAGUUAAGUUCAUACUAAAUGGAAACUCAUCUGUAAUUUAUCCAUUUCCUUUGAUGUGAAGCGAUUUUAGUUUCCUAUUCA